UUUCUUUUGUUUGACCAGUUUUACCUCCCAGAUUCCUAUAAAGCACCUGGUCUAAUCUGGUCCAAACACAGCCAGUGCCACCUUACCGGUUCUUGCCCUCUGCUGGGAAUUCUGAUGUGGGAUUAAAGUGCAGACCACUGAGCCAAGCACACCGCCUGAGCUAUUCCAAGAAAUCAGAAGCCUCUAACUGGUGGCAAUCCACAAGCUCUUCAAGCAACUGCAGCAGAGACAGCCCCAAUGAAGCUUCUGGUCCCUUCCCUCCUGCUGCUGCUGCUGGCAAUGCUGGUGUCCACGGUCUCUAGCCGCCCAAAGCCAGGGCUGUCCAGAAACCACAGGGACCAACGCCAGGCUUCUCGGAGGUGGCUCCAGGAAGGAAGCCAAGAAUGUCAGUGCAAAGAUUGGUUCCUAAGAGCCCCCGGGAGAAAAUUCACAGCAGAGCCCAGGACACCAAGGAAACACUGUCCUUGUGAUCAUCUCAAGAGCAAUGUGAAAAAGAGCAGACACCAAAAGCACCACAGGAAGCCAAACAGGAACUCCAGAGCCUGCCAGCGAUUUCUCAAACAAUGUCAACUAGCAAGUUUUGCUCUGCCCUUGUAGCCCCGAUGAGACACGCUCAGUCAAAAGCAGUGAUCAGCCCCAGGGCAUGUUCUUAAUCUCCCAUUCCCCAGCCUCACCCCCUAAAGCAUUCCAGGGCUCCCUAAAGGCAUUCUCUCCCAUCACAUUCACUGUUGUUCCCUCCACUACCUUCCCUUGUCAAUCUUUUCUUGUGCCGUCCCCUUACCCCGAAAGAACCUAGGAAACCUCAGCCCCCUCUGACUUGGUCUUGGUCUUAAAUACAAUCAAGAAAGUAGCAAAAGAAAUCAUAUAUAUAUAUGUACAUAUACACAUGUUCUUUUAAAUAGAGUCUGCCAACUCAUAUGGUAUCCAGAUGGCCCCCUUUACCCUUUUAAUUCCAAAUCUAUCCCAGAUUCUAUACAUACUUCUCCUUCCAUGACCCUCAUUCUCUCCAUUUUCUAGUUCUUUAUUUCUUAACUCAUUUCUGAAAUAAGCUAUAGAUGGAUCAAAGAAACCGGGAAUAGCACUGAAUCAGAUAUUUCCUGAUUAAAGAUAAUAAAAGUUUAAAAAAU